GGUGGCUGGAAACUGUUGGAAAUUACAGACGGGGUAUAAGGCGAGAUAAAUAUUAUUAUACAAACUUGUGCAGGGAUGUACCUAGGGUUUUCGUCGUUUUUUUUAUAUUUAUUUAUUGGGUUUUUUUGGGUUCUUAAACUUAGGAAAUAUGAUAACUUGUUUUCCGAAAUUUUGCCUUGCAAUGCCUGAAGAUACUGAGAUGAGAUACCUUUAUCAUGUCAGCGUUUGAAAUAAGGCUUGUCCGCUUGUCUGAGCCAAGUGAGAUUUGGCACGGACAAGCAGAAUAUGGCUUGAGCUUUUCCGUUGGACAAGUGAAAAGUUUGGGCUGAAAAACAUGUAUUUCGCGAUUUUGUUUGGUUUCCGUUAUCAUUUUUAAAUGCGGCGAACGGUACUAUUGACGCACAUCUUUUCUGCAAAAUUAGCCAGCCUGAUUGUAGAUGGUGCCACUAACACCUCCAUCCAGGAACAGGAUAUCAUUUUUGUCAAGACUUGCCAAGCAGGACAGGUUCAUGUGAACUUCCUGGAUAUCGUGAAUACGCCUAAAGCUGAUGCUGAAGGGGUGACUGCCAGUAUUGAAAAGGGUGCAGAGAGUGGACUCGGGGCACCUGUGGACACCGUCUACACAAAAAUAGUGGCCAUAUCAACAUAUGGAGCUGCGGUUAUGACCGGGAGGAAGAGUGGUGUAGUGACGAAAUUGAGAGAAAAGUGUUCUUCAUUAGUUGGGAGUCCACUGUUUUGCCCACCGCCUUGAAUUGGCAUGCCGGGAUGUCAUUAAAGGCCAUCCAGCAUACCUACAACUUUCUACUGGAUAUCUACCUAUUCUAUCACAACAGGUGUGUAUAAUUCAAUCUAAAUGUUAAUUUUUUAUCAACAAAUUAAACUAUAUUAGAUCACUUAUUAUAUAGUUAAUUUUAAGAUUAAAAUUAACAUUGGUAAGUACUAAAAAAAAAAAUUAUCUAUUUAUUUUCCAGUAAUCUCAAACGUGCUAAUUUUAAAGAGUCCUGUAAGGCUUCUGGUACCAAAGUGCUUGUUCCAACUCGUGUCGGUGGGGCAAGAUGGCUGCCAAACACACUGAGGACUCUCAACAACCUUUGGGAGACUUAUCCAGCACUGGAGAUGCAUUUGUUCCACGUGAAGUACUUUAAAAGUUUUAAAUAAUCAUUAACUUUGUUUCAGUGUGUCCUGUCAUCUGUAGCAUUGUUAAAGAAUAAAUACAAGUUCUGAAAAAAAAAAAAUCAAGCAAACUUUAUUCAACAAUAAAAUAUACACAUUUGAUUUAAUUUAAUAGUGAUUUGCUUUUUUUUUAAAUUAGGUGAAAGAAAAUGGCCAGUCAAAGGAUGCUAUUGGAAAAGCCAGGGGAUUCCACAUGAAGUUGACAUGUUUGGUCAUUUUGUCUGGGACAUAGUGAUGUUGGCUAAUCAGCUACAGACCAGCAUAUCAGUACUGGAGAAGUACAAAAAGCAGCCUGGCCCAAAGCUUCAACUUGUGAAAGGGAAGGACAUGCUGAAAGGUGUUGUGCUGAUGACUGGAGAUGCCAGAAGACAGACAACGUACAACUCGGAGGCUGUGUGUGCUAACCUGAUGGAGAGACUUGGUGUCCGCUUUGACAUGGAGGAUACCACCAUAGCUGCCACUUCAAUCGCCAACCUAAGUGGCUGGCCAGAAACUCUUCCAGAUGCAAAAGACUUUGGAGAUGAACAUGUUGACCACCUUGUGCAUCAUUUCAAAAACACCCUGCACAUUGCCCAGACAGUUGCUAGUGAGAUUGUCCCUGAGUGGACCAUGCUCAAGACCCUGCUGUAUAAGAGAUAUGGUGCUAAUCUCCACAAAACUUCCUGGAUUUCCAUCCACAAACUAUUUGGAGAUGUGGUGCCAAAUAUUCUGGGACUGAUGGAUUUGGUGCUGACCACCCCAGCCACUUCAGUUGAAGCUGAGCGUGGCUUCAUUGUGAUGAAGCGGGUGAAAACAGACUUUAGGAACAGACUGCACAACACAGCUCUGAGCGACCUCCUGCGCAUCAUUCUUCUGUCCCCAGCUGAAGCAGACUUUCAGCCAGACACUGCUGUUGAGCACUGGUUCACCAGCACAGAUCGCAGAGAAUCAACAAGUAGAACUUCUGUUGAUGUUAAAGAUCCAGAAGAAGUAGAUGAAGAUGAUGACUGUCUUGGCCUCAGUGACCUCCUGGGAGAUGCUGCACGAUCCUGAGUAACUCAGUCAAUGCUGCCUGUUUAGUGACCAGAACUUUGUGGACAGUCAGUGACUCAGUGUGAAGUAAUUUACCAUGCCAGUGUGAAGUCAUUAAAAUGUGCUUUACAUUAUUUAUGACAUUUGUUUUGUUGUUUUGAUUUAUUUGUGUAGUUUUAUUCCAGUGACCAUGGAUGUUAACUGAGAUAAUAAAGGUAAGUACUGUGGACAAGUGAAAAUUCAGCCAGACAAGUGAAAAUUACACCAGACUUGUCCUGAGAUAAAGUCGUAUGAUAGGUGUCCACGUUAUUUAAGAAAAUAAACUCCAUACUCGCCAUCGUACAUAGAGAUAACGUCGUAUGGUAGGUGUUCACGUUAUUUAAAAAACAAACUCCAGGCUCGCCAUCGUACAUAGAGAUAAAGUCGUAUGAUAGGUCUUCACUUUAUUUUACAAAAUUAACUCCAGACUCGCGAUCGUACAUAGAGAUGAAGUCGUAUGAGAGGUGUUCACGUUAUUUAAGAAAAUAAACGCGACACUCGCAAUCGUAGAUAGAGAUAAAGUCGUAUGGUAGGUGUUCGCGUUAUUUAAGAAAACAAACUCCAGGCUCGCUAUCGUACA